GGCAGCGAGAUGGAUAGAUAGACACAAAAAGCUGGAGUAACUCAGCGGGACAGGCAGCAUCUCUGGAGAGAAGGAGAAUGGGUGACGUUUCAGGUCGAGACCCUUUCUACAGCUUUUUGUGUCUAUCUUCGGUUUAAACCAGCAUCUGCAGUUUCUUCCUACACGAGAUGGAUAGAUAUAUCUCUUGGCAAGAGGCAGAAAGGUGGGGUUUACCCAGAUCAAUCGCCGGUUCUUAUUUGUAUGUAAAUGGGUGUCCAGGCGUUGCAAUGACGUGGCGGUGCCUUUGGUGGGGCCAUCGGUAGCAGGGUCGUGUAAAACAAUGGUUAGUCGUGUGCGAUAGGGGCCAGUUCAGUAUGAGCCUCACUCAGCAGACCAGUGGCAGUCGGGUCACAGAGCCGCAUCUGGCUGCAGCAUGCGUGUGAAGCCUAACCCUGGCCAUGUACGUGGGCUACAUACUGGAUAAAGAAGCCAGCAUGUACCCGGGGUCAGUUAGACGAUCAAGCAUCAAUCUGUCCGCACAGAACUUUGUUUCUCCCUCACAGUAUUCGGAGUUCGCUGGCUAUCAUGUGCCUAACAUGGACCACCAUCCCCAAAGCUCCGUGUCUUGGACCUCUCCUUAUGGCCCACCCAGGGACGAGUGGAGUUCCUAUGGGCCGGGUCCAUCGAACACGGUGCCGGUCCAGAUAAGCAACUCUUCCCCGGGCCAUGUUUCCUACAGUUCGCCCGACUACAAUGCCAUGACCCCUACUUCCGCAGGGAUCCUUCCUCCCUUAGAUUCCAUCUCAGUGGGACAAACGUCCCCCAGCAGUCAAAGGCGCAAUCCCUAUGAAUGGAUGAAGAAAACGACACAGCUCUCCGCAGCAGGUAAAACCCGGACAAAAGACAAAUACAGAGUGGUUUAUACAGACCAUCAGAGACUUGAGUUGGAGAAAGAAUUUCACUACAACAGGUACAUCACAAUCAAGAGAAAAGCUGAACUGGCGUCUAUACUUGGACUCUCUGAAAGACAGGUCAAAAUCUGGUUCCAGAAUCGAAGGGCUAAGGAGCGAAAGAUGACCAAGAAACAGUUGGCUCAGUCUGACGGCUGUCUAACUCACCACGGGCCUGGUCCAGGAAGUCCUGUGGAGAUGGCAGGCCAGAUGUUGCUUGGAGGCCACAUCUCGGGGGGCCCAUCUGUUGGGAAUAUGGCUCAAUACACAAGUGUCGCCACCUUUUGGCGCCGACGUGUUCAAAAGUUCACCGAACAGUCUUAUCUACUGAGGAGCCGCCGCCAUCGUCGAACGACGACCUACCCCCACGUGACCAAAGAUUACGUGACCGUCAAAGCGCGCCACCGCCAGCCGACCCCACGUGACCGUCAAAGCGCGCCCCCGCCCGCCGACCCCACGUGA